UUGGCAGACGCUCAUCUCACCGCUUUCUUUCAGGGGUGGGGAGGCUGGAGCCGCUUGACGUCAAGGAAUUUCUCUCACUUCCUACUCAACUUCACUUCUCAACUGCGGCUCUAUCAGCCCCCGAGGAAGCGCUACAAAAUACUGACAUUGCAGCAUUUUUUUGUGUGUGUGUGUGUGUGUGAGAGAAGGAGGAUGAAGCAAGAGUGAAGAGCAGUGUCGGUUUACAACGAGAGAAACUCCUGCACGGAGCCUUUAAUAACUACAACUGGAAGCAUGAUUGUCCCCAAACCCCGGCAAGGAUUAUGAUCAGCGACUCCUGAGUGCGUGAAGCGAAACAAGCCGAGAUAAGAAGGACAAUGCUCAGCUUCAGACUCGCCUACAUUUUCUCGUACAACCUGUUUCAGUUCUGUGGUCACACAUGGAUCCUGGCUAACACCAUCGCCAGGUUUCUCACAUUUGGCCAAGAUGCUUUAGCCGACACGUUUUACUCCGUGGGCUUGGUGAUGAUCCUCUGCCAGCUGUUCUCCAUCCUGGAGCUGUUCCACAUCGCAGACGGGAUUGAGAAAGCCCGGCUCCUCCCUCGCUUCAUCCAAGUUAUGGAGAAGAACGCUCUCCUGAUCGUGGUCAUCAUGCUGGAGGAGAUCCAGAGUAAACCGGUUGUGUGCGCGUUGUUCUUCUUCUGGAACGUUCUGGACCUUUUACGGUAUCCUCAUGAGCUGCUGUGCGUUUUGGAUAAACCCUCCGUCGCCAUGCUGUGGACCCGCUACACACUCUGGAUCCCCCUGUACGUCGUGUCGGUCGCAACUGAAGUUGUGACCAUCUACCAGGCCCUGCCCUACAUCGAGCCAACACCUUCCUCCAACAACUCCUCAGCGGCGCCGGCACAAAUCAACCUCCCCCUGGUCCUGAUGCUCUACCUGCCCGUUCUUGCCCUCGGAGCUUCCGUUACAGUCUGGCAGCUGCUGAAGGAGAGAAAACACCACCUGGGCAAAUGGAGCAAGAAGACGAAGAGGAAAUGAAGCGAAGGCUUUCGCAGCCUUUCCAGAAAAAGUACAAGAAGGAGAAAAGAAAUACAGUCUUUUAUUUUUGUUUCAAUGCAGGUGGUUUGGCGACAAAUGCUACAUGAUUAUUUAAGAGAAGCUCCACAAAGGUCUACCAUGGUUCAUAUACGUCCCGUUGCAUUUUGAAUUGUUUGUUCUUGGAUUCUCACGUACGACCGAACGUAGGUCUGAGGAAGUCUUUGGUGCGGUAAAGCGUUGGCCGUUGUGUUACUACGGUUGUGGCAUGUGGUUGUUGUUCUUGCGGUAGACUCCUCCGGGCUACCAGCCGUAAGCUCGGGUCCACACGGCUUUCUUCUUGAACUCGGCCGAGCCCUUCAGAGCCAACAGGGCAGCUGAAACAACAACAACAACAACAAAAAAGACCGUCGGUCCGUCACGUGAAAACAUCUCAACGUUCCCGUUUCUGCAGAAAUGACUAAUUCUGACUAUCCCGUCUGUGUCUGUGUGUUGUUGGAGCUAUGUUUUUCUACAGCUGCGUUUUACGCUCUGGAUUUCAUUGUGUACGCAUGCAGCCUGGAGCUCUAACAAACAGGAUUAAUGCAUUCGGCUCCUCAGUCGAUUUCUGUAAACACAGUCACAUCUUGUAAGCGGUGCAGUCUUCAUCGGUCUGUGUGGAGACAACCAGAUUCCAGGAUGACAUGUCAACAGAGUGAAUACUGUUGGUGCGGUUGAACGGUGGUGGUUAGCACUGAAUCUACGAUUAAAACGUUUAUUGUUGGUCAUCAUUCCUGUAAUUUAUGUAACUGCUUCAGCUAAAAAAAAAAAAAAAAGUGAUUACAUUUAGUUUAAACUGGAUCUAUCUACUGUACGUUCCUAAUCAUUCGUUUCUUUUCAAAUUUACGAGUCUUUCUUAUUGUAGGACACAAAUGUAAUGUCUUUUUAUGAAACCACAACAUCCAUUUUUUCUUUCUUUUUUUUAAAAUUUGAACUAAGUCUCAGAAACAUCUGUAUAAAAGCAAAAAGCUGCUCUUUGCCUGAAGAGACACUGCAGCCUUAACUGAUCGUAGAGAAAGUCGAUCUCAUCAGGAUUUGUGCAGCACAGUUUGUCCAGAUGUGGUAUUAACUUGCGUCCUGAGAUAAUCUGAUCACAAGAUUGGAGACUGGAUCACUCAGAACACAUUCCUUUAGCGGUAGAACACCAAAUGUGACGUCCUCUGUUUGCAUUUUUCCUCGUUCGUUCAGAAAAAACAAAGACCUGCUACUCUGAGGCGUGCGUCAAAAUGUCUUAUGCUUUAAUGGUGGUUGGCUCACGUUGUCUUGUUGUAAUAUUGUUUGUUUUGGCAUUGUCUGCCUGUGUCUGUUUUUGUAAUUGUCUAUUUUAUGAUACGUAGUUGUGAAGUUUUAAAGUCUUCUGUAAGUACCUGCCUUGGGACCACAGCUGGAAUUUAGCAUUUGUGCCAAGUUGGGCACAUUUACACUGAUGUUAAUGCACCAAUGUUGAUUAAUGUGCAUUGUCCAAAUUCAUUUAAUUAAUAAAUGAAAUGACUGAA